CGCCAAAUUGUGGAAGUUCUUGAAGAACAUCGUAGGAAUAAGCCGGAGGUUGCGCUAUUCUGCCUCUGCGGGAUGGCUGGUUCUUAUACUGACUUCCACAUUGAUUUUGGAGGGUCAAGCGUCUGGUAUCAUAUAUAUGAGGGCCAAAAAGUGUUCUAUAUAGUAGAGCCAAUAGAUGAAUAUUUGGACCUUUUUGAACAAUAUCAGCGGUCUGAAAAUAGAACGGAAGUUUUCUUUGGUGAUCUCUUGCCUAAAGGAGCCUUGCGAAGGGUGUUUAUUGAUGCUGGAGAAACAUUGAUGAUUCCUUCAGGGUGGAUACACGCGGUUUAUACCCCAGUGGAUUCACUAGUAUUUGGAGGGAAUUUUCUUCAUGCAUUGAACGUUCCUAUGCAGCUUAAGUGA